AUGGCGCAGUGGAAAACCAGCGAUGGGUCCAAACACAGUAAAUCAUUUUACAUAAAAAACUUCAAAAGUGUUGAAGAGGCGCAGCAAAGUGCUUUAAGAUUUAAAGAAAACUUGCUGGCGGAGCGCGACAGCGAGCGCUCUGCUGCUGCUGCUGCUGCUGCUGCUGCUGCUGCUGCUGCUGCUGCUGCGGCCGGCGCAGCAGCGGCGCCCGCGCAGCAGCUCCACAGAAGCAGCAAACACAAAGCUGCUGCGGCGCCCAGGAGCCCCGCUGCAGCGCUGGGGGCCCCCGCCGCAGGGGGGGCCCCCAAGGAGGGGGGCCCCCUGAAGGGGCCCCCCUGCAGCAGCAGCAGCAGCAGCAGCAGCAGCAGCAGCAGCUGCUGCAGCGCGGAGGAGGCCCUGCAGCAGGGAAGCCCCUCCAUCCACGAAACCCUGGAAUGUGUCCUCUCCAGAUCCAUCAGAUCUUGUUUGGAAGAACAAGAAGCAAAGGGGGGUUUCUUUCCAGUGGGGGCCCCCCUGGUGGACUCCAUCAAAGCUGCUGUUGCUGCUGCUGCUGCUAGUCUGCAGGAAACCGACGAAAACUGCGCAGCUCCCACGCAGCCCCUUGCUGCUGCUGCUGCUGCUGCUGCUGCUCUUUGGGACGACCCGGGGGGCCCCCUGCAGCAGCGGGGGAGGGGGGCCCCCCCGGCGGAGGGGGGCCCCCUGGGGGCCCCCGGCGGCUGCGCCAAGCGCUGCAGGCAGCAGGCCGGGGCUGCUGCUGCUGCUGCUGCUGCUGCUGCUGCUGCUGCUCCUGCCUUUGCUGCUUCUCCUGAACCCAACUACAAAAGACUUCGACAUCUCCUAAAUGCUGCUACAGCUCCUCCGCCUUCUCUUUCUUGCCCCCUGCCCACUUUGCUGUCGCAGGAAAGGGCAGAGGGGGCCCCCAAGGGGGCCCCUGGCCCGGGGGCCCCCCCAGGGGCCCCCAAGGGGGCCCCCGUAGGGGGGCCCCCCCCAGGGGCCCCCAAGGGGGCUUCGCAACCCGCAGGAGGCCCGCAGCAGCAGGAGGGCAGAGACGGAGAGCUGGGGGCCCCGAGCCUGCAGGAGGCUGGGGGAGCAGCAGCAGGAACUGCUGCUGCUGCUGCUGCUGCUGCUGCUGCUGGCGGUGCAGCAGCAGAGACGACGAGCGAAAAGGUGAAGGAAACUGUGUGCGUGUAA